AUGAGUGGCCAAGUUCAAGAAACAAUGUUGAACAAUGAGACAAUUCUUCCAUUAAAAAGAGCUGGCUUAGAGCUUGAGAAGGAUGAACCGAAAACAGAAUUUGUAGCCAUCCCCUCUGCAAAGCGCAAAAAGCGUGACAAAGCAGCCAAGAAUGGUGUUCGCUCAAUAAUUGUUAAUGGAGAAUUGAUACUCAUACCGAAAGUUGCGCUCGAAGGGAGGCGGGAAUAUGCAUCAAUUAAAGAUGCUCGCAAUUUUAUAGUCAAUAUACUUAACAAAGAAAACAAAUUCCCAAAGUGGGUCAAUAUACUUGGCGAGAAAGAGAAAAUCAAAAAGGUUGUCCUUUUGGAUUGCCCUGGAUUGGAUCCUACUGAAUUGGGUCUUCCCCUUGGCGAUUGUUUUGUUUCGUCGUCCAAGACGCCCGAGAUCUACAAAGCCUUAAAGGACAAGGGUCUUGGACCUAUUAUUGGAAUGAAUGAAUAUUUGGAAACGAAAAAAGAAGACAUUGUGGCUGUUGCAACAUCAGCUGGCUUGGACAACACAAAGUCAUUAUCGGAUCGGUUUAAUGAUCUUCUAAGAAGCCCUCUUUCAAAGAAUCAAAUCAAGCAGAUAAUGAAUCCAGAAAAUAACAAUCAGAGCAAUAAGAUUGAGUCAGAGAUGCUCACUCUUAACCACGAGGAAUUGAUUGACGAAGGAUACCCGAUUCCAAGCUCAAUUGAUAGUGAAAGUGAACUUGUAGAUGGCUGGGUGGAGACGCUUCCAGGAUCUGGUAGUACCAAUAAGAAACUUAUGGCCCUUGACUGUGAAAUGUGUAAUACUGCAAAUGGCUUGGCUGUUACACGUGUAGCUCUAGUGGAUCAAGAUCACAAAAUAUUGAUCAACUCCUUUGUCAAACCAGACGAGGAAAUCACUGAUUAUCUUACUGAUUAUAGUGGUGUGGAUGAAGCCUCCCUUGAGAAUAUCGAAACGACCUUAAAAGACAUCCAGGAACAAAUUAUGGAGCACGUAGAUGGUGAUGUCAUCUUAGUAGGCCAUGGUCUUAACAAUGAUCUCAACUGUCUCCGUAUGCGUCACCCAUAUAUCAUCGAUACUUCGACAAUUUACCACCAUGCCAACGGACCACCCGGAAAACCCAGUUUGCGUUACCUUGCCUACAGAUGGCUGAGGCGCCGCAUCCAGAUUAAACCUGAAGAUAAAGAAGAAACAUCGAGCACCCAGGAAGCUUCUUCAGAGGAGAAAGGCCAUGACCCAUGCGAGGACGCUCUGGCUAGUCUUCAGCUGGUUGAACUCAAACUGAAAUACGGUUUAGAUUACGGACUAAAUUCUCAAUUCAUAUCCGAAACAAUUAUAGAUGUAUUCAAACGCCUCUCAAUGAAAUGUGCAGUCAUUGAGGUUGGUGCACACAAGGAUGUAUUAUUUGCUAAAAAGCUACAAGAUACCGGUGAAUUCUAUUCAGUCCCAUCGGAUGAUGCAGCUAUGGAAACACUACUCGAGAAGCACGCGACAUGCGAUGCAGUUCUAGCCAAACUUAAACUUGAGAAUGCCAAGGAAGACAGCUUGUUAGGAUACAUAAAGUCUGUUUAUGAAGCGCUUGAACAAAAAACAGCGCUUGUUCUAUUGUGCGGAAACAGAAACAACGACGAAUUGGAUAGAUUAAAUAAGCUUCAGGCAUCCUAUAGACGUGCACUAGCAACCACACCUCUUGAAAACAUUCCAAUGGAAGAACGAUGGACAUUAGCAAAUGACGAGCGACUCAGACUUAUCCUAGACACCCACAGAAGAGGUCUUUUGUUUGCUUCAGUCAAGUGGGAGAACCAAGGAUGA